UCCUCUGCCACUCCUUGAAGCAGAAGCGGAUAGAGCCCAUUUGAGGCCCUCUUUCGUCUUCCCUCAGAUAACAAAUCCCCUCCUCCAUCUUCUUCUUCCUCUCUCUCUCUCUCUCUCUCUCUCUCUCUCUCUGUUCAGUGACUUCUCAUGGCGAUUUCAGCAGCAACAGCAUCAGCUUCUUCGAAGCUCCUCUACCCAUACGUCCCAUCUUCAUCACCCUCACCUUCUUCCUCCGCCACUAGCACCACUACCACCUCCUCUCUCUCACUCUCUACCGCCACUUUCCGUACCCAAAACACUAAGCUGAGACCCACUUCAAAAUCACCCCCAAAACUCUCCUCCUCCUUACUCACCAACCCCUCCACCGUCUUCCGCCGCGCCCCAACCGCCCGCGCCCCCUCCACCUCAACCCGCCGCUUCCUCACGGUUCGGGCUGCCAGAGGCAAGUUCGAGCGCAAAAAGCCCCACAUCAAUAUCGGCACAAUCGGCCACGUCGACCACGGCAAGACCACUCUGACCGCUGCCCUCACCAUGGCCCUCGCCUCCGUGGGCGGCGGUGCACCGAAGAAGUACGACGAAAUUGACGCUGCGCCUGAGGAGCGCGCGCGCGGCAUCACCAUUAAUACCGCCACCGUGGAGUACGAGACCGAGAGCCGCCACUAUGCCCACGUGGACUGCCCCGGCCACGCGGACUAUGUGAAGAACAUGAUCACCGGCGCCGCCCAGAUGGACGGAGCAAUCCUGGUGGUUUCCGGCGCCGACGGCCCCAUGCCCCAGACGAAGGAGCACAUUCUGUUGGCUAAGCAAGUGGGCGUGCCCAAUAUGGUCGUCUUUCUCAACAAGCAAGACCAGGUCGAUGAUGAGGAGCUCUUGCAGCUUGUGGAAUUGGAGGUUCGUGAGCUUCUCUCAUCUUAUGAAUUCCCAGGUGACGAUGUGCCUAUCGUUUCUGGUUCAGCCCUUUUAGCUUUGGAGGCUUUAAUGGCGAAUCCUAGCAUUAAACGAGGGGAGAAUCAGUGGGUCGAUAAGAUUUAUGAACUUAUGGAUUCCGUGGAUAACUAUAUCCCAAUUCCCCAACGCCAAACUGAUCUCCCAUUUCUUCUUGCAAUUGAAGAUGUGUUCUCAAUCACUGGUCGUGGGACUGUGGCCACUGGCCGUGUCGAGAGAGGCUCAAUUAAGCUUGGAGAUACAGUGGAUAUUGUGGGUUUAAGAGAGACUCGAAACACAACUGUGACUGGGGUUGAAAUGUUUCAGAAAAUUCUUGAUGAGGCACUGGCUGGGGAUAAUGUGGGAAUCUUGCUGAGAGGUAUCCAAAAGGCUGAUAUACAGAGAGGGAUGGUUUUGGCUAAGCCUGGCAGCAUUACCCCGCAUGCUAAGUUUGUUGCCAUUGUAUAUGUACUGAAGAAGGAAGAGGGUGGAAGGCACUCGCCGUUUUUUGCGGGUUAUAGGCCUCAGUUCUACAUGAGGACAACUGAUGUUACCGGGAGGGUGGCAUCCAUCAUGAAUGAUAAGGAUGAGGAAUCGAAGAUGGUGAUGCCUGGUGACCGGGUGAAGAUGGUUGUCGAGCUCAUAAUGCCUGUGGCUUGUGAGCAAGGGAUGAGAUUUGCUAUAAGAGAAGGAGGGAAGACUGUUGGAGCCGGCGUUAUUUCGUCCAUUGUUGAGUGAUAUCUGCUUCUGGUAAUAAGAAGAAACUUUGGCAUGACAAUAGACGCCUUUUUAUUUGGACAGUGUCAAACUUUGUUUCCUCGAUUUUAUGCAAUUAGUUCCACCCACCCCCUUUUUUUUAACUUCAUGAACCCAAUGUUAUAUAAUCUGCUGUUUUGUUUCUUCUUUUGUUUUGUGCUAGUAUGGUAGUGUACUUGAGUAAUGUUCUGCUAAGAUUUUGAUUUUCUCCUGGUA